AUGAAGCUAUUGGUGUGUCUUCUAGUUUUUGCAGUGGGCGCGUUGUCGUAUGAAAUUGAGUAUAUCUUCAAAGACAACAAGUUAUGCAACAAGUGGCACAUCUACUCGACCAAUUCAGAAUGUGAGUUUGUGGAGAUCAAUGAAACCAUCUUCUACAAUGGUAGAAUACUUGACAGAAUCUCUUUUGUUAAUGAAGAAGAAGUGAACACCACCGUCUACCUGUCACUUCAAUUCUAUGUGUACUACCAAGCUGAUGAUAACAAUACUCGACUCUUCAAGGUGGAACUCAAUGAAACAAGUGUUGAUGCCAAGGAAGUCACUGUCGCCAAUUUUACAGCAACCCCAAAUAGUGUCCAGGCUGUUGUCGUCCCCAUCACUAAGAACACUACUCAACUUGUUUCGCUGUAUGUUAUUGAAGCAAAUGGCAUCAAAGACGAGACGGUUUAUUUGAAAGAUUUGAAGUUUGCUGAUACCCUUGAAUUCAUUGAGACAUUGAACGUUGGAAGUUCAGUGGAAGGCAGUGACCAAGUGGUGUUUAAGCCGGUCGAACUGACAUGCAAGAGUGGUUCUGAGCACUUAGUAAUGUUGUUAGUAGUUAUGAUGCUCUUUGCCUUUAUCUUCUAA